AUGUCUACCGCCGUCAAACGCGCCUGCGAUGCCUGUCAUCGUCGCAAGGUCAAGUGUGAUGGCAUCAACCCGUGUCGCAAUUGCCACGCCUCUCAGUUGACCUGCACCUACAAUGCCAUUCCCCAGAAGAAGGGCCCCAAGGGCUCGCGCGCAAAGGUCAUCAGCGAACUGCGCGAAACACAGCGACAAACGAGUCUCUCCGCCAAGGUCCAGAAUCGCCUCAAUGGCAUCAACAGUCCGCCUUCGAGCCCGAACCUGGCCCCGACCCCCGGCCUCCUCACGAGCGAGAUGGUCAAGGAAUGCAUGGAGUUCUUCUUCACCAACAUGUACACAUCGAUGCCCAUCCUAAACCGCCAGCGACUCGAGCAGCAAGCCCUAUACGUCGACCAGAGCCUCGAUACAUACUGUGUGCUUACGGCCCUAUGCGCCUUCAUGUUCCUGCAGCCCGGCAUGCCCAUGCCCGGUGGUGAUCCCUACAGCUUCGAGAACAUGCCAGGAGCCAACAUUGUUUCGAGCACGCUACUGCUGGAGGAGACGCUUCGCGUUCGCAAGGCUUUCGAAUAUUCCGACAACCCGAGCCUCAACACUCUGGUCACCAGCUAUUUCCUCUUUGCGUGUUUCCACGGCCUCGACAUGCACGAAAAGGCCUGGUUCCAUUUGCGCGAGGCCACAACAAUGGCGCACAUUGCUGGGAUGAACAAGGAGGACACGUACUCGCAAACGCAGUACGACAUCAUCGAAUCGUCUCGUCGCAGACGGUUGUACUGGCUUCUUUUUGCCACGGAGAGAGCUUAUGCGCUCCAACGACGUCGGCCCCUGACCCUUGAGGCGACCAUCAACCCUCCCACAAUCAACGAUGACAACACCGAACUGCUGCCCCAUCAGCUCAACGGUUUCUUCCAAAAGGUCAACCUUUUCCGGGCAUUUGACAACACCCUUCUCCCUCUUUGGAACAAGACGAGAGACGAGUGCGCGAGCUACUUCGGCGGGCUACAAAAGAGCUUUGAUGACAUCCUCCCGGGAUAUCUCCGCGAUGAGGACAACCAGCUCAAUGAGAUGCAGAUGAACCAGCAGUGGCUCAAGAACACGUCGUGGCAGUUGACGGUGGCGAGCGGAAACAGCAACGAGGCCGGCCUUCCUUACCCAUAUCCGGUCGAUAUUGCGAACGACUUGCUUCCCAUGGUUGCCAAUCUUCCCGGUAACCUCGGUCUUCCUGGCUUGACCUUGAUCGAGAAGCUUCUCGGCAUCACCUGCACUCUUACCGACGUGCUUUCCAACCAGCCAUCGAGGCGGAUCCCCUUCAAGGUGGGCCCGCGUGAGCAGCUUCAUCAGGUCUUGAACGUUCUUUCAGUGCUUCGCUCUGGUGAUCACCGAUUCCUGCCGCUCCUCCUCGGCAAGGUCCAUGACUUCAUCCCUACGCUGGCGAACCCAAUGCUCCAGUUCGCGCCCGAGCAGCCCAACCUUGGUCUGCCUCCUUGCAACAUUGAUAUCUUUGAUGGAUUUGGCAACGCUGGCAUGGGUCAGCCUGCAUGUUUCGACUACGACGACAACAAGUUCAGCCUUCCUCGCAUGGAUGAGCUGAGCAAUGACUCUGGAAGCCCCAACGGAGGACACUCCAACAACGACAUGAGCUCGCCAUAUGGCAACUCCCCUUCCAUUAUGUCUCCAACCGGUCAGAUGGACAUGCACCAUGGCCUCCCUACCGAUUUCACCACACUGCCCGAGAUGGUGAUGAGCCCAAUAAGCCACGCGCCACCAACAUCACUAGGGGCGCCCAAUGGCAUGACCAGUCAGCAGUCGCAUCAUGGUCACCACCCAUCAAUACCCGCCUUCGCCAAUAUCAACCAGAUGCAAGGGAUAAACACGGGGAACAUCACUUCCGCCCCAAACCUAUCAAUGCCGCAACCAAGACACAUGGGCCAGGGGAUCAAUCCUGGGAUAAAUAUUGGCAUGGACAACGGUAUAGGCAACGGGAUGAACAAUCCCAUGGAUCCCCAAGCCAUGAAUAUGGGCAGGCCACCACCUCCCCAACGAGCAACAUCUCUCGCUAUGGGACCAGGACCUGGGCAACCAGGAGGGCCACAGCAAAUACGAACCGUGGGAGACUUCCAAGCACUGCAACGAGCGAACACGGAUAUGCCAAUGGGUGGGACGAUGAAUUCUCUGGGGAUAAACACCCACUCGAUGGGCGGGAACCCAAUGGAUUACAACUCGUUACAGCAGCAGCAGCUUAGGCAGGUCUAG